AUGGUGCCUGCAGGAGCAUCUGGAAGGCCGCCAUGCAGCAUCUGUGCUUUCCUUCCCUUUCCGCCCUGCCUCGUGCCUCUUGCCUUUCCAACAGGGCAGAGUGCUGCUGACGUGGCAGUUACAGAGGAACUCAAUGGCCACAUUGACAUCUUUCGGAUAAAGAAGGAAACACAGGCUUUCUUCCCUCUUGCUUCUUCCACCCCACCCCUCUCCCCUCCUCCCCUCUUCCCCCCCCUCCUCCAGCACGUGCACGUGGCAAUGGAGCUCUGUGAGGGGGGAGACCUGUUUGACCGCGUUGCCUUGCAAAGAAGGCUCUCGGAACCUUCUGCAGCGCGCAUCUUCCGAUCGCUCAUGUUGGCCUUGCAGCACUGCCACUCGCACACCAUCGUGCACCGCGACGUGCAAGCAGGGGAGGUGCAAGUGGGGGAGGUGCAAGCAAGGGAGGUGCAAGUGGGGGAGGUGCAAGCAGGGGAGGUGCAAGUGGGGGAGGUGCAAGCAGGGGAGGUGCAAGUUGGGGAGGUGCAAGCAGGGGAGGUGCAAGUGGGGGAGGUGCAAGUAGGGGAGGUGCAAGUGGGGGAGGUGCAAGUAGGGGAGGUGCAAGCAAGGGAGGCGCAAGUGGGGGAGGUGCAAGUGGGGGAGGUGCAAGCAGGGGAGGUGCAAGCAAGGGAGGCGCAAGUGGGGGAGGUGCAAGUGGGGGAGGUGCAAGUGAGGGAGGUGCGCAACUUGCAAGUGGGGGGGGGGGUGAAAGUGGGACAGGCGAAAGCGGGAGAGGCCCCUCCGCGGCCCCGUCUACCCCUCCCCAUUUACGGCCCCCCUGGCCCCUUUACGGCCCCGCUACGGCCCCUUUGCGGCCCCGUCGCCACCUGCGGCCACGUCGCCACCUGCGGCCCCGUCGCCACCUACGGCCCCGUCGAGACCUGCGGCCCCGCCGCCACCUACGGCCCCGUUGCCACCUGCGGCCCCGUCGCCACCUGCGGCCCCGUCGCCACCUGCCGCCCCGCCGACACCUGCGGCCCCGCCACCACCUACAGCCUUAUCGCCACCAGCGGCCCCGCCGCCACCUGCGACCCCGUUGCCACCUGCGGCCCCGUCGCCACCUGCGGCCUCGCCGCCACCUGCGGCCCCGCCGCCCAGCGCACGCACCGCCGAGCAGCCGAACCGCCGGCCAUCACCCUUCUCCCUCACUCUCUCCCUGUAGUCAGGGACCACUUCCUCUCGGUUUGCCCCACCACUCUCACCGUUGACCUCCUCGAGAAGGCCCUCCUAGCGAUAGAGAAGAGCAUAAUCGCUAAAGGAGCCUCUCAUGGUGACCCUCGCACCCCCGUCUUUGAGGGGUGUUCUCCCUCCUCCCUCUUGCCCUUUGUUGCCUCUGCUGCUGAGGCUGACCUCGUUGAUUUUGAGUCGGUCGGCGCUGCGUCUGCCCCGAGCGGGAGAAGCCGCACAGGCAAGGGCAAGGAGGGCAAGGGCGCUGGAGGGGCAGGAGGGGGCGGUGGAGGUGACGUGUGGCGUCGCCAGUUCCCUGAGGCGUCAAUACACCCUUGCUGGGGAGAUCUGGCUAAGGCCGGGGUUGCUAUCUUUGAUCUUGACUUUGAUGCUAUCCUUGCUGCCAUGUGUGCUGUUGAUACUAGUGUUGCUGGUGACUGCUACCUAUGUGUACCGCCAGACCCGGGCAUUGAGGCCACUGCUCUAGGUGCGGGUGAGGCUGCUGCUCUAGGUGCUAGUGAGUCUGCUGCCCCAGGUGCCAAUGCGUCUGCCGCCCCAGGUGCUGGUGAGUCUGCUCUCUCAGGUACUACGUCGGCUCAGGCCUUCCACACCUUCACCCUGGACUCGGCCCCCUCUGGCACCUUGUCUUGUCUCUACCUCCCCUCGCUCUCUACAAACUUGGUGAGUGGAGCGGACCUACAGGAUCGAGGGGUUGACCAGUUCACUCCUGCAAGUCAGCGAGUGACCCACUGCACGUAUGCAUGCACAUGCCGACACUUGGCCACGUUCACCCGUCGGCCAGGGUCGAGCCUGUACACCCUUACUACUGAGUCUCCUCCUGCUGCUGAGUCUGCCCAGGUAGCUGCGUUGAGUCAGGUGUUUGCUGCAGCGUCCAGGUCUGGUCCUGAGUCUGCCCCCUGCUCGUGUCAUCUGCUGUCCCACCUGACUCUCCUUUGGCACCACCGCCUUGGUCACCCCUCCUUGCCUUGA